AUGGCCUUCCCGCGGUUCCGCUCCUUCCAAGCGGUCUCACAAUGCCUCCCAUAUACGCCGAGCGUCGUCAGACGUGCGAUACACACCUUCCGCGAAGUCCAGCCCCUCCGCACAUUUAGAAAAGAGCUUCAGGCAUCUCAAAGGACAGUGGGCUUCGUCCCAACCAUGGGCGCAUUGCACGAGGGUCACAUCUCAUUGAUGCGUCAAGCUGCUGCUGAGAACACCGAUGUAUUUGUGAGCAUAUACGUCAAUCCCACUCAAUUCGGCGUCAAUGAGGAUCUGGACAGCUACCCGAAGACAUGGCAAGAAGAUAUGGAUAAGCUACAAGCUCUCAACAAGGAACUACAGACCAAGGAAGGCUCUGGGAAAAUCACUGCCAUCUUUGCACCCAUCACCAAGACCAUGUACCCGACACUACCUCCAGCGUCUGAGAUCAACGGUCCAGGAUCCUUCGUUACAAUCACACCUCUGGGGAGCCUGCUUGAAGGUGCCUCGCGCCCAGUUUUCUUCCGCGGUGUUGCUACCGUCUGUAUGAAGCUGUUCAACAUUGUCAUGCCCGAACGCGUCUACUUUGGACAAAAAGAUGUUCAGCAGACGGUUGUUAUCAAGCGCAUGGUGAAAGACUUUCACCUUGACACCGAGGUCAAGAUUGGACCUACAGAACGUGAGGCCGAUGGUCUAGCCAUGAGCUCGAGAAACGUCUAUCUAGGUGCAAGGAGAAGGGAGGUGGGUGUGGUCUUGUCGCGUGCUCUCAAAGCCGCCGAGAAGAAAUAUCUGCAAGGCAAGCGUCUUCGUGCUGAUAUCCUGUGGCCUGCAAAUGAGGUCUCAACAAGCAAGAUGAUGGAACAGGACGACCUGCCUCCAUCGAAGCGAGCGAGAGUCGAGGUAGACUACAUCUCGCUGGCAGACCCAGAUACAAUGGAAGAGAUCGAGGUUGUAGAUGCCUCCAAGGGUGCAAUUCUCAGUGGGGCUGUCAAGAUGCUGCCUCUAGAAGAACCUCAAGAAGGAGAGGAUUGUGGUCUAGGAGGUGGCGCUGUUCCCGUCAGACUGAUUGACAACAUUAUCCUACAACCGAUGAACUAA